AUGGGUCUUGGUAAUACUAUUGUUGAUGAGAAUGAUGCCUCAAACCAAGACCGUGCUAAGGCCAUGAUUUUCCUUCGUCGUCAUUUAGAUGAAGGACUAAAAGUAGAAUAUCUUACUGUCAAAGAUCCUCUUGUCCUUUGGCGAGAUUUGAAAGAAAGAUUCGACCACCUGAAGUUGCAGCAAUAUAGAGAGAGAGGAUUUAAAAAAUAUUCUGAACUUAUUGCAUGUCUUCUGUUGGCUGAACAAAAUAAUGAAUUACUGCUGAAAAAUCAUGAGUCCCGACCAACUGGUGCAAGUCCAUUCCCUGAAGCGAAUGGGACUCAAUUUCAAAAUUCUGGUCGAGGUCGUGGACGUGGCCGUAGAGGUGGCCGUGGAAGAAGCCGUGGACGUGGCCGUGGCCGUGGACGUGAUCAUAGUAGAUUUGUGCCUCGUGAAAAUUAUAGCCGUGGCAAGCAACAAAAUAUUUCUCAAGAGAGAGAAAAUGACUACGAUCCGAAAGAAGGAGAAAAGAAAGUUUAUGAAGAAAAAUGA